AAUUCCUGCAGCAGUAAGUACCUACACCGGCCCUUUUUUCCUUAUUAUAAAGUUGGCGGACUGGACGCGCUCGGCCAAGUGUAUUGGACUAGUGGAGGGGGCGUUUCUGAUCCCCUAGCGACCUGGCCGUAAGCCGUAAGCCCGGGCAAUGACGGAGGGCGCUGUGGUGAAUGACAUCCCACUCAUCCCAGCGAGCCCUCACGAACAGCAAAAAGGGAUAUGAUGCAAGACCUGAUAGUGAAUUUACCAAGAGAUCCUCUGAAGCACAUGAAGAAUUUCCUUCAUAACCAUCGAGGCUCGGACCCCAUCAAGCUGAUGUUGCUGAUAUCGCCGGAACUACAAUUGGAUGUAGAUACCAUCGUUAAGGGAAUGAUACGAGACUUUGGCUUCUUCGUGAUCACCAGACGGACUGUUUUAGAUCACUACGAGAAGCACGACGACUUCAAGCCAGGCUGUGUGGACCCGGCUCUGAUGUCAGAGGUGACGAAAGCGCUCACAAUUAAAGACGAGGUGAUCCAAAACGGAUGGGUCAUGUAUGACCACCCCUGCACUCUCCGCGAGGCCCGCUGCAUGCAGCAAGACGGCGUGAUGCCCACCGUGACUCUGGCGAUCAUGCCCACUCCGCCGGUGGCGCCGCCCGCGGACAACAACCGCACUAAACAGAGGCACUUCUUUCAGCAGGACUUCGAGGGCUUACAAUAUGCGUAUAAAGUGUCGCUUAAGGAAGUCCACAUCGACCCGACAGACUCGGAGGACGCGAUAUCCAGCAAGUGCUUCAACGCGAUCCGGGCAUGCUCGGCGGGCGCCCAGGGCCCCAAGCAAGGGUUCCACGCCGUUGGCGCCCCGGGCGUCUACCGCGUGGCGCUCAUUGGGCCUCGCGGCGCCGGCAGGAAGACACAGGCAGUGCUCUUGGCGAAGCAUUUCGGUCUAGUGUGCUUAAAUUUUGAGAAGCUUUACGCCGAGGCGAUGUGCCGAGACGAUGACAUUGGAAAAUGGCUACGUCAGCACGGGCCCAGCGUGGAAAUGAAGGCGCAGAUCGUGCACAGGCGUCUACUGGAGAAGGAUUGCAUAGAGUACGGAUACGUCAUAACCGGCUUCCCGAACAGUGGCGCCGAGUUCGAGCUGUUCGAACAUAUGGAGACACCGCCCAAUCGCAUAAUCUUCAUGAACGGCGACAUGGAUACUUGCAUGAACCGAAUCCUGGCGCGCAGCAUGGAUUGGUGCACGGGCAAGGUGACCACGCGUGGUGCCCCGCGCUCCCUGCCCCAUCCUAGAGACACGAAGGAAGUUGCCGAGGCUCAGCUCGAUGCGUACUUCUCGGAGGGUAUAGCUGAGAUGCGGGCCGCCGCGGGCCUCACUGCCUGGGAGAUAGACUCCAACCAAUCAAUAGACCACGUGCAGACGAAGAUACAGGCAGCUAUCAUGGCGGCUCUAUCCAGCGACAUCAAGUUUAACCAAAGCGGAGGUGGCUUAGAGACUGCUCGCGUGGACUAAGAUAAGACCUUGAUCCACAUAGGCGAGGCAAUGUGCUCGCGCGGCGAAUGUUCAAUGUAGACGUGACAAAACGUGCUGUCGCGACUUGCCUCGCUUCGUGAACCAAGCUAAUGGCAGAUUGUAGACUACUGCAACGGCUUAAGGCCAUUAUUGAUUAUUUAAGGGACGAGCAUACUUGUAGGUACUAACUACUUGUAACUGUUUUGACUGACGGGUGCCCGGCCCACCGUCGUCAAUUAAAUGAAGGACCUGUAGCCGUUUUAUCUAUCUUGUAUAAUAUAAUUUUUAGUGUUCCGUAACAAGUUUUAAUUUCAUGGUUGAUAUAUUUUCUACAGGAUACUAUUGCUAUGCUAACAUGAAAUCAAGUCGUUGUUACCGAUAACUGUAAAGGAUGUUUUCAACAUGGGGGUUUAGUAUUUAAAAUAAAAUAAAUUACAUAAAAAAAUGUUUUUAUUAUGUAACUCCCUCCUUCAAUUUGAAAUUAACUUCUACAUAAUUAACUUGCUAAUUAUAUCUAAAGAGGAUGCAGUCUCACAAUAAUUACAUACAAUACAGACACUGAGGUCGCCUCCGGGCGGUAUGUCUACGGAAUCUACGUGAAACAGGGCCCAACUGGUAAAUGCAUCAAGCCUGGCAGAAAUGCCACAAGUGUCAAGAAAAUGCCAUAACUAACAACAGAAAUGCCACAACUAUCAACAAAAUGCCAAAACUGCCAAUACUUGAAGCGACUAUUUUUACAACAUAGUACAACUCUAAUCGUUGGGACUAUGUAAAUACUAACGGUUACUAUUGAGAGCAUUAAAAUUUGUAUUUAACAUUAACUAUAAAUCCUAUUAUGUUAAUAUAUUUUUAUCUGUGUUAAAAUUGGCAUUAUUGAAUACAUUAACUGUAGACACACUUAACCUGAGGCAGCGGCGCGCGGCAGUCUAGCGGCUCCGUCUCUGUCUAACAGGUCUACGGCGAGAGGGAUGCCGAUAGACUCAGCGCGCCGCCGCCCAAGAGACUUGGUUAUCUAUUACUCGUAUCCCUUUUUAACAAAAUCUCUAAUUUUAACGUCCAGGGACAUCAAUUCAUUAAAAAAAUAACUACGUAUAAAAAAAA